CCAGCCAAAUCAGCAUGCAGUUCAAUCGGGCUGAACCUCACUUUUAAGUUGACUGAAUUUUCCACCUUGACCUUUUUCAAUCCGUCGUCUUUUGUUUUCAAUUAAGCGGGUUUAGACACAGUAACCUGCUUUUUGAAUAAUUACAUUUGCAUUAAACUGCACCCACUUGUAUCCCACCUUUUUGUUUCCCUUGAGGCGAUUAGGUUUGACUAAUUUGUCAAAUGUGACAAGGCAUUGGUUAGUGCAACUAAGAAGGCAGAGCAUAAGCUGGGAUUUCUGUGUAUAUAAAGCCAGUGGUGAAUGUAGAGCCGAUGUUAUCUACAGAAUGGGACAAGCUGCCACUCUGCCCUGUAGGAGAGGGGAGUCCUAUGUCACAGAGCUGUAUGAGUGGUUUAGAAAAUUUAUCAAUGAAUGUCCAAGUGGGCUGAUAACACUACAUGAGUUCAGAAGGCAUUUCUGCAAAGGAACUGUGGGCAAAGAGUCAUCUGAGUACGCGGAACAGAUAUUUCGCACAUUGGACAGUAACGGGGAUGGGGUGGUUGACUUCAGGGAGUACGUCAUGGCCAUCAGCAUGCUCAUUGAGGGUUCGCCUGUGGAGAAGCUGCGCUGGUCAUUCAAGCUCUAUGACAAAGACAAAGAUGGAGCCAUCACACGAGAGGAGAUGCUGGACAUCAUGCAGGCUGUUUACAAGAUGAGUGUGGCAGCUGCUUUAACCAAAGUCAACCCACUUACAGCUGAGGAAUGUACCAACAGAAUAUUUGUGAGACUGGACAAAGACAAUAAUGCCAUCAUCAGCCAGGAGGAGUUCAUAGAGGGGGCUCUGGACGAUGACUGGAUCAGAGAAAUGCUAGAAUGUGACCCCAGCACCGUGAAGGUUGAGCGGUCCCUAAAGAGGGACACAGCUUUAGGGACCCAUGGGUAGGCCGAGGACACUGGGAGCAAGGCGAUGAACCAACUGGACCAAAACUUUCAGGAGCCACUGCAACAUCACAUCUGUCAGCCACCACUAGAAACUGGAGCAGUUAAGAAAAAAAAUGUAUAUUGACAAGGAGAGGUUACUGUGUGAAGUCAGAAGUAUGAAAAAUGAUCAUUUCUGCCUUGCCUCUUUUUAUUAGUUAUUAGCUUUGUCUUUUGUUGGUGUUUUCUUUGUUGUAUGAUCUCUAGUUGUGUUGAGCACUCUUCCUUUUAUUCCUCUGUGUGUAUGAUACCCUCUCCUUAAAGAAUAAAGCAUCACU